AUGUCUCCCCCCAAGCGCGCACGCGGCAAUGCUCUCAGCAAGGAGCUCGCCGAGCUCUUCGCGUCCAACCCGCACGACGGCCUCUCCAUAUCGCUCGCCCUCGGCACCAUUGUGCGCUGCCUGUGCCAGUCGCAGCGAAAGACUGGGACGGUACAGUGCAUCAAGUGCCGCACCCACCAGCAUGCUGCCUGCUACUACCCUGCCAUCCGCGAGCUCUCGGACCUGGACCAACAGCGACACCUCUGCCGAUCAUGCCGUGCUCUCUUCGCGAAACAGCCUACUGACUCUCAGCCAGCGAAGCGCAAAGCCGAUGAAGACCUGGGCUCCACCAGCCCCAAGCGCAUCAAGCAGUCUAACUCGCCCCAGCCCGAGAUCCCUGCCGAUCCCAAGGACCCACGUCCCGCCGGGAAGCCCGUUCCAUUCCCUGAAAAGCCCGCUGUCAUCGAAGAACGCAAUGGAGAGAUCGAGUUCCGUGUCGUCAACAACGACAAUGACCGCGAGAGCACCAUCAUCCUGACCGGCCUCAAGUGCAUCUUUCAGAAGCAGCUGCCGAAAAUGCCCAAAGACUACAUUGCGCGCUUGGUGUACGACAGGACACACUUGUCAAUGGCCAUUGUGAAGAAGCCGCUGGAGGUCGUCGGCGGAAUCACCUAUCGCCCGUUCGUCAACCGGAGCUUCGCCGAAAUCGUCUUUUGUGCCAUUUCGUCAGAUCAGCAAGUGAAGGGCUACGGUGCCCAUCUGAUGUCACACUUGAAGGAUUACGUGAAGGUCUCGACCCAGGAGCGCAUCAUGCACUUCCUCACUUACGCGGACAACUACGCCAUCGGAUACUUCAAGAAGCAAGGCUUCACCAAGGAAAUCACGCUACCGAAGCCCCAAUGGAUGGGCUACAUCAAGGACUACGAGGGUGGUACCAUCAUGCAGUGCAGCAUGGUCCCGAAGAUACGCUACUUGGAGGUUGGCCGGAUGUUGCUCAAGCAGAAAGAGGCCGUACAUGCCAAGAUAAAAGCAGUAAGCCGCAGUUACGAUGUUCACCCUCCACCUUCGGAAUGGCAAAAGGGCCCUAUCACGAGGAUCGACCCUCUCUCGAUACCAGCAAUCAAGGCAUCUGGCUGGUCAAUGGAUAUGGACGAACUUUCUCGCGCCCCGCGUCACGGUCCGAACUAUAACCAGCUAUUACAUCUGCUCAACGACAUGCAAAACAACACCAACGCCUGGCCGUUCCUGCAACCCGUCAACAAGGACGAGGUUGCCGACUACUACGAUGUCAUCAAGGAGCCAAUGGAUCUUGAAACGAUGGAGUCGAAGCACGAGAAGGACAUGUAUCCCACUCCUGAGGACUUCAUCAAGGAUGCCAUGCUCAUCUUCAACAAUUGCCGCCGCUACAACAAUGAGAGCACGCCGUAUGCCAAGGCGGCGAACAAGCUUGAGAAGUACAUGUGGAGUAGGAUUAGGGAGAUUCCGGAAUGGAGUCAUCUUGAGGGAGACUAUGCGCACGUCAAGUAG